UCAUUUUAGCAAUAACAAUGGAGGCUUCAACAUCUUCCUCUCAAGACUCAAAAGAGGAAAGUAAGAAGAAAGAGGAAGAGACAGAGGAAGGAGAUGACUCAGAGGAGGAUUCAGAAGAGGAAGAGGAAGAUGAACCCAAGUUAAAGUACGAAAGGAUUUCUGGAGAUCUGCGUGAGAUACUGAAGAGAGAUGGAGCUUCCUGCAUUAAGGCCAAUUCUAAGCUAAUGAUUAUUGGAACCAACUGGGGUCGCAUUCAUGUCUUAGAUCACCAGGGCAACAAAGUAAAGGAAUUCAGUCCACAUAGCAACCCUGUGACUAUGUUGGACAUGGAUGACAAUGGGGACUAUGUUGCCUCAUGUUCUCACGAUAGGAAGGUUGUAAUCCAGGGUCUAUACACCGUGGAGAACUCCCACAACCUGACGAUGGACUCUCCUGUGCGCAGUGUCGCACUUGAUCCAUUUUACCAUAAACCACGCUCUGGCAGACGCUUUGUUGUUGGGACAACAAAGGUUGUGCUGUACGAGAAGGCGAUGUUUGGACAACUGCGCUCAACUGUCCUGAGUGAGGGGAGUGGCCCAGCAAGAGCUAUGAAAUGGAUGGGACAGUUCCUCGCCUGGGCAACAGACUCUGGUGUCCGAGUGAUGGACAUGAACACCAAAACUGUCAUCACACUCAUCAAGCGGGAUCAUAGCCUAGCCCUACCAUGUGACCAGUACCCACCUCACUUGUGUUGGCCAGACAGUAAGACUCUGAUAGUUGGCUGGGGAGACUCUGUCAAGGUGUGUCGGGUUAGGGAGCGCUCAGCAAACCCAGCUACACUUACACCUGGAAUGAUGGAUCUUCCCCCAUACUACCUGGAAAUCGUCUACAUGUUCACUACUGACUUCUAUGUAUGUGGAGUUGGUCCUCUUGAUGAGCAUUUGGUAGUCUUGGCCUACAACAAGCAGACUGACUUGUCCUUAGCUAGCCUUGGGGUGGACUCAAGAAGGCCACAGAUGCGAGUGCUGGAACCCCUUCAGAGGACCUUUGAGGAGAUCUCAAAGGAUGUUCUUGGUAUUAGGUGCUAUCAGGAAUACAAACCAGCAAACUACCAUCUAGAAUGUUUAAUCGAGGAUCGGCAGUUCUACAUCGUGUGUCCACAGGAUGUGGUAGUUGCAAAACCCAGAAGUUCUGAUGAUCGCAUUGAGUGGCUUUUAGAGCAUGAUAAACACAAGGAAGCUUUAGAGCUGGUAGAGACCUGCCGAGACGUGCAAAAUUACACAGUUCUCAGUGUGGGUCGCAUUUAUUUGGAUCAUCUGAUGGCAAAUGGUCAAUAUCAAGAUGCUGCCAAGCUAUGCACUCAGAUACUUGGCUCAGACAAAGUGCUAUGGGAGGAAGCUGUAGUACGCUUUAAUCGCGUCCGUCAGUUGCGAGUUUUGAGUCCUCACCUUCCCUUGGGUGAAGGCAUCCGCUUGGACCCAGCUGUUUACCAGACUGUGCUCCUUGAUCUCCUAAACACAGACCAUCCUGGUUUCCUUCAAGUGGUCCAAGACUGGCCAGGUCACCUCUACAAUGUGUCCUUUGUUAUCAAUGCUGUGCUAGAGACUCUAGCUCGAAACACAAACAACAUGGUCUUACUUCAAGCGCUUGCCCACCUUUACUCCAAUAUUGAUAAACAUGACAAGGCCCUAGCAAUAUAUUUGAAGCUGAAACACAAAGAUGUUUUUUAUUUAAUAAGUCGCCACAAUCUCUACGCUUGUGUGGCCAAGCAUGUGGUGGAGCUUAUGACACUUGACUCUGCUGCAACUUUGGACAUUUGUUGCCAACAUAUCCACAUUAUCCCUCCAGACAGUGUUGUGACUUCACUGAGUGCACACCCAAAUUACCUAUAUAAGUACUUGGACACGUUAUACGAAAGACGACGUGACAUGAGUGCUAAAUACCACAGCCAGUUAGUGGCACUUUAUGCUGACCAGGAUCGAAGCAAGUUGCUGCCCCUGUUGCUGACGUCUUCUUCAUAUGAUCUCAGCGAGGCUCUGGAGGUGUGCAGGAUGCGUUGCCUCACCACAGAAACAAUACACCUCCUUGAUCGGAUGGGCAACAGUAUUGAGUCUCUGCAAUUGAUUCUGGAAGAAGAACAAGAUAUACUGUGGGCCAUUCGCCUCUGUAAAGAACAUGACGAUGCUGAUCUAUGGAACCGUCUAAUUGAAUAUGCUCUUGAUAAGCCAGAAUACAUCAGAGAAUUACUCAACAACAUUGGCACUCACAUUGACCCCCUCAUGAUCAUCCAACGAAUACCACGUGGCUUGGAAAUUCCCGGUCUGAGAGAUGCCCUUGUCAAAAUUCUUCAUGAUUAUCAUCUCCAGAUAUCACUAAGGACAGGUUGCCAGAGGAUACUAGUUGCUGACUGUAGCAACCUUCUGAAUAAACUUGUGUCAACACAAAAUGCUGCUCUUCCGGUUUAUGGCGAUACAAUGUGCCCAGCUUGCAACAAGAAAGUUUUACCAACCAGUCGAGAGGAGCAAGGAAGCAUUGUAGUAUUUGCCUGUCGCCAUGCAUACCAUCAGCUUUGCCUUCCUGAUGGCACAGAACAGGAAGUGUGUUUAUUGUGUAGAAAAGACAAGAAGAGAAGUUUCCUCUUGUCCUGAACGAGACAGCUUUCUGUGUGUUGUUGUAAACGGUUGGUCUGCAGUGUCAAAGGGAAAACUAACUAAAUUUGAACAUGUUAAUUCAGAUUGGUGUGAGGACCAUCAGAAGUUAUUAUGUACAUAUAGAUAUAAUUUUUUAUAACAAAGCAUAGCCAGAUUUGAUAUGUAAAUAAUGAUAUUAGAAUGUAAGUAGAUACAUGGUGCACAUGUAUGUAUGCCUUUCUACGUCAUAGUAUGCAUAUUUAUGGAAAAAUGAUUUCUACUUUAAAAAAGAAAAAAGAAAAAAGCCACUUCCCUGUAAUUUGGAUUGUUUGUAUUUGGGAACAUAUUGAUGAAAAUAAAUAUGGAAAUGGAAUGGAAAGUGGUACAUGUAUUACCAGCAAGUAUAAAGUGAAAUACAUAUAGUUCAUAUUUUUUUGUACUAUAUUAUCAUAUGAUCUCUCUUCUAGAUAUGUACAUUUCGCAUAUUUCCUCAGCUAAAAACUGUUACAUCUGUUUGCAUUUUCUGAUUUUUUUUCGAUGUAUUUACCCAAGAGAUGAACUGCUUUUUAAAGAAGCUGGACAUUUCCUCUUGUAGCCCUGCAAUUUUCGCGCCUGGAUAUUUCCCUCCGUGAUCUUACAGGGUGGACAAUAACCCCCACACAGUUUAAAGAGAAGUCAGUCCCUCUCCAGACCCCCUCUCGUUUUGGGAAGGUGGGUCAUCACAGCAGGGCUGGAAUUAUAGCCUUAUUUAAAACAACUGAUGUAUGUAGAAACGUAUUUUCACGUUUCUUAAACCAUGUACAAAUGGAAGAGAUUGAAAACUUUUAAAUCAUAUUUAUGUAUGUGAGAUAGUGCGUAUGAUGGCGUACAGCAAUUACAUGUAACAUUUAAUAAGUUAGUAGAGCUAGCUAGCCUGUCAUUUUGGUUACAUAACAGUUACUCUCCACUUGUCUUGGCAUAUCUUGAUUGGCUUCGAAACCUCGGGAAGGGAAUAACCUGACUUGUAAAAAUCGCUGGAGAGGAAAGUCCGGUCAGCGCAUAUGCGCGGGCAUAGAGGCGCAGGAGUGGCUACACUUGCUUAUUACACUUGUAUUGUUUAUAUUAAACAAAAUGACUCUAUAAUUACCACAGCCUACAUGAUGUGUGAAAUGUAUAUGUUGUUGACAUCAAUAAAGUUGUAAAGUCGGCA